CAAGGAGUUGGAGAAAGCCUAUUCAACUCAAGCAUGGAUAAGGAAAAUGAGACAUAUGUGAAACUCUUCUGGGGUGGUUCUUAUCAUCAUCAGAAGCGGUCUUUGUUUUCGAAGAAAGCCAAAGCUACAGCAGUUACCACCACAGUGAUUGUGCUGUUUUGCUUCGUAGCCACUUUCUGUGCCUUUGCAGCCUGGAAUGCUUCCACAUUUGCAGGUAUGUCCAUUCCAAACCAUAACAUCUCAGUUAUCCAUACACCCCAAAAACAAGAAUAUCCUCUUAGAUGCACCAAAGGGGAGAAUGUGACACAAACUUGUCCAAGAGACUACCCUACCUCACAUAACCUCACUAAUCAUAGCCAUCCAAUGAAGCUAAUGUGUCCCUCAUACUUCAGAUGGAUCCAUGAAGAUCUAAGGCCAUGGAGAGAGAAAGGGAUCACAAGGGACAUGUUGGAAGGGGCAAGAAGAACAGCACACUUCAGGCUUGUGAUCCUAAAUGGGAAGGUGUAUGUGGAGAAGUAUAGCCAGUCAAUUCAAACAAGAGAUAUGUUUACUUUGUGGGGUAUCUUGCAGCUUCUAAGAUGGUACCCUGGCAAGUUACCUGAUUUGGAACUCAUGUUUGAUUGUAAUGAUAGGCCUGUUAUUCCAAGGGGAAGGUUUCAAGGCCCAAAUGCUGCCCCACCACCAUUGUUUAGAUACUGUUCUGAUCAAUGGAGCUUAGAUAUUGUGUUCCCGGAUUGGUCCUUUUGGGGAUGGGCUGAGACAAAUAUAAAGCCAUGGAGAGGUAUCCUUAAAGAUAUAAAAGAAGGGAACAAGAGAACCAAGUGGAAGGACAGAGUACCAUACGCCUAUUGGAAGGGAAAUCCUUAUGUGGCUCCAACUAGGAAAAACCUUUUGAAAUGCAAUGUGACAGCAAAAAAUGAUUGGAACAUUCGCCUAUACACACAGGACUGGAUACAAGAAUCCAAUCAAGGGUACAAGAAAUCCAACUUAGAGGACCAAUGCACCCAUAGGUAUAAGAUAUACAUAGAAGGAUGGGCUUGGUCCGUUAGUGAGAAAUACAUUUUGGCAUGUGAUUCCAUGAAUUUAUAUGUCAAGCCUAAGUUCUAUGAUUUUUUCGUUAGAGGCAUGGUACCAUUACAGCACUAUUGGCCAAUUAGAGACAAUAGCAAGUGCACAUCUCUUAAGUUUGCUGUGGAAUGGGGUAACAACCACACUGAUAAGGCACAAGCAAUAGGGGAGGCUUCUAGCAAAUUCAUACAUGAGGACUUAGACAUGGAUCAUGUAUAUGAUUAUAUGUUUCAUCUACUGAAUGAAUAUGCAAAGCUCCUAAGGUUCAAACCAACUAUACCUCCAGGAGCUGUAGAGUUUUGUCCUGAAACAAUGGCAUGUACUGUAGAUGGUAUACAUAGGAGGUUCAUGGAAGAGUCAAUGGUGAAGUUCCCUAGUGAUUCAAAUCCAUGCACUAUUCCUCCUCCAUAUGAUCCUUUAACCCUACAAGGCUUUCUAGAGAGAAAAACUAAUUCAACAAGACAGGUAGAAAUUUGGGAAGAUGAAUACUGGCUGAAUAAAAAUAAGGGACAAUAGUAUUAUUGGUAAGUUGUCAUGUUUGAUUUUGUGCAGAUGAAGAUUUUGUCAAGUUUUCUGUUAUCUCUUGCUGUGAAAAAUGGCCCUU